AUUUUACCGACGCACCGCUCCGGCUUCCUUCUCAUUUCUGCAGUCAGGUGUACUCACUGCUGUUCUCUGCGUCUUGUAAACAUUAGGUAUAUUAUGCAUUUGCCUGGAUGUUUUGGUGUCAGUAAAGUGCCGCUCAUCUGAAGUCAAGAAAACAGUUAGUUUUUUCCCCGUCAUUCAUAUAACGUUUUGUUCAUUUAUUCAUUGAUGUCUUGACUUGUCAUGUGGUAUGUCAUCAUAGUGCAAGGUGUUUUGAGGACCUAUCUGGAUUGAUGCCCGGCAGGUUACGAUGGAAUUGUCUGAAUCUAUCACACACAAGAACGGGAGGCAGCGGAAGCCUGUGGUGUCCGCCUCAGAUAUGGGCGAGAGAGAAUCCAAGCUAGAAGUGGAGGACGACGAGGAGGCUCUUCUGCCCAACUCAGACCGGCCCGAAGGACGGACGAAAGCCAGUCACGGGAUCAAAGGAGAACUGGGCAACGUGGCCCUGCUGUUGUUUUUGUACGUGCUUCAGGGCAUUCCCUUGGGCCUGGCCGGGAGCAUUCCUCUCAUCAUGCAAAGCAAGAACGUCAGUUACAAGGACCAGGCCUAUUUUAGCUUCGUGUUUUGGCCUUUCAGUUUAAAGCUGUUCUGGGCUCCGCUGGUGGACUCGUUGUACCUGAGGAAGUUCGGCAGGAGGAAGUCGUGGCUGGUGCCCACUCAGUACCUGCUGGGUCUUUUCAUGCUUUACCUGUCGGUCUCGGUCGACGCGAUGCUUCAGACGGACGGACAGAGAGGGCCGGACGUGAUCACUCUGACCGCAGUCUUCUUCCUGCUGGCUUUCCUGGCGGCCACACAGGACAUCGCCGUUGAUGGCUGGGCUUUGACUAUGCUGUCCAGGGAGAACGUGGGUUACGCUUCCACUUGUAACUCCGUGGGACAGACGGCUGGAUACUUCCUAGGAAACGUCUUGUUUCUGGCUCUGGAGUCUGCGGAUUUCUGCAACAAGUACCUGAGGUUUGAGCCUCAGGAACGGGGCAUUGUGACGCUCUCGGAUUUCUUGUUUUUCUGGGGGAUCGUGUUCAUGGUAUCUACCACUCUGGUUGCUAUCAUGAAAAAGGAAAACAACAAACAGCAUCAUCCCAAGAAGAAGCCUAAAGAGGAGGACGAGGGCGUUAUGGAGACCUACAAACUUUUGUUGUCCAUAAUUAAAAUGCCCACUGUCUUUACCUUCUGUGUCCUUCUGCUGACCGCUAAGAUCGGUUUCUCUGCAGCUGACUCCGUGGACGGGCUGAAGCUGGUGGAAGCUGGAGUUCCUAAAGAGCAGCUGGCUCUGCUGGCGGUUCCCAUGGUGCCUCUGCAGAUCUUGCUGCCUCUAGUUAUUAGUAAAUACACAGCUGCCAGCCACGGCCACUCGACGCUUUUCUGCAAAGCUUUCCCAUUCAGGCUGCUGAUUGGUUUGGAGUAUGCCCUGCUGGUCUGGUGGACCCCGAGUGUUCGGCACGAGGAAGGCUUCCCGGUGUAUUACUAUGCUGUUGUGCUGCUGAGCUACGCAGUACAUCAGGUGGCGCUGUACAGCAUGUACGUCGCCUGCAUGGCUUUUCACGCCAAAGUCAGCGACCCUAUGAUAGGUGGCACCUACAUGACCCUUCUGAACACCGUGACUAAUCUAGGAGGUAACUGGCCCUCUACUUUAGCUCUGUGGCUGGUUGACCCUCUCACCGUUAAAGAGUGCCGGGGCGCCCCGGGACAGACGUGCGGCUCGGUUGAAGAAGCAGGGCUCUGCGUCAGAGAGGGCGGCACGUGCGUGACGGCGUUGGACGGUUACUACGUUGAGUCCGUUGUGUGCGUUCUGAUCGGUCUCUGCUGGUGGAUCUUCUUCGGGAAGAGAAUGAAGCGGUUACAGGACGAGAGCCCCUCUGCCUGGCAAUGCAGGGUUGCCAAAUAAUCUCUGCUGGACUCUGCCUUUCAUUUUAAAGUUGCUUCAUGCCUUGCCCUCUCUUCUCUUCUCUGAGUAACUGCUUAUUUUUGUCACGCUACAGCAGGCCUGUAGAAAGGCUUGAACACUUUGAGGACUGAAAUGGUAGAAUAAACUGUACUAUUAAAUUCUUAGCAGAUCCGUUCCAUUGUUUCCGUAAACCAGAGCUUUUAUGCCAAAUUGAAACCUGUACAUCUAGAGAUGGCACCGGCUUACGUGUGCAGUACAUACACAGCAUGACACCCGCUGCUCAGAUGCCUGUUUAAUCAAGCAUUUGUUUUAGAAAUACUUGAGUUCCUGUGCCUUUCUGUUUUUAAUAUCGUACGAUUGUCUCCCCAAAAAAGACUUCAGUGUGUCUUCUGAUGUCAUGCACGACGUAUGUAUGAUGCUGCAAAAUUCCCAUUUCACUAGAAAGACCGGAUUCUAAUUGAGCUCUUCAGGUGGAAUGUAUAUAUUUAUAAAGUAUAGACCAAAAUUGUCACAUAGUUGUGAACGAAAGUGGCUGUGGUACGAUUUUAUUUGAUUAUAGAGGUGGAAUGGUUUUAUUAUGUUGGUUUCUAUUAUGUUCAGUAUUGGUUGCUAUCAUGCAUAUAAAUCACUGUUACCUUAAAUGACUAAGAUAUCAAUAUAAAAGGCAGGUGAAGCUAACUGUAACUUCUGCGAGGCCAGGAAAAACUUAAAUGUGCAAC